CAGCAGACUUGUAUCUUGUAUGGUUGGUAUGGUACGCUGGCGUUUGAUUUUAACGUUUGGGUAUGCCGAAGGUACGCUGGCGGCGCUGGCGUUUGAUUUUUAUGGAGGUUAUUGGGAGAAGGAGAGGUUAUUCCCGAAUAACUUAUCCACAGUUUUUAUAUUAACAAGAAGAAUAAUAAUUGAACUUUAUUUACUGUUUAUUUGAAUAACGAAGGAAGCUAAAAGAUAUGUAUGAAUCUCUCUUUUGCCACACGUGUGGGUAACUUUUUGUGCGCGCCAGAAUGUUCUUCAGUUGGCGGCAAAGGUCGUUCUCGUUCUUUUUCUCCGUCUCGCUUUUACGCCGCACUGCGGCGUGGUUGUUGCCUCGACGGUGGCAGGGGUGCCACAUUUUGACUUUUGGGACUCGCUGAUCCGCUCGCGCGCGAACAGAGGCGUGAAUAAAUUGGAACUCUAUCGCGUCAAAGGAAUUUGAUAUGAAAUCGACCAAAAAUUUAUUUCGCAACUUCAUUUUGCUGUCAAAUGGUUACCCACGAUUUUUUUGUCGUGUGAACGUAUUCGUACGUCGUUUGUUACUUUUAGCAGAAUCUAGCUGGAUGUAAAAUUUGGCAUUUAUAAUGCCGCUGAACUUCGACUCAGAAAUCAAUCUGAACAAUCACCGCAAAGCAAUUCUCAGGCAACUAUCACCGAAUAAAAUCAUGUCGAAAUCCACUUUAUUCGUUUUGGCUUGCUGCCUCUUUGUGGCCGUCGUCCUAGGAGUUGACAACUCUAAUAUCAACCGUUCACCAUUGCCGACACCCGCCCCAGUUGCUGUAACACCGAUCCAAGUUUGUAGUUCGAGGGGAUACAACACGGCUUGCGCACAAUAUAUACCUCGUGUCUUCUGCGCAAACUUGAAAUGUCGCAAGGCUGAUGGUACUUUUGUCCGUACCGGUAAAGCUCCAGAUGACAUGUGGUGUGCUAACAAUAAAGUUUGCAGAAAUGGCGAUUGUGUGCCAAGCUCUCGUAUUCCAGCCCCAGAACCGUUCGACCUGCCAGUAUGUUAGUAAAUCAGCAUAAACUUUUCUGAGCAAUCAAAACAAAUGUUUAUUUUGAUUGCUGGUGGAACGAUAAAUACGAAUCAAGCUUUUAUCAAUUUUAUUAUUUUGUUUGUCAACACGAAUAUAUGUUGCUACGCACAUUAAUAAAAACUUGAGCCCAUCA